GGGGGGGGCGGUCAGCUUCGCCCCUCUCGCAGGAUUAAGUCCGCUCAGCCGAACCCGCAUCUGGAGCCACUAUUCCUCCUUCUCCACCACCCACCCCUGCCCCAUGGAUUUCAACCUGCUGGCAGAUGCGGAGGCUCGCAGCCCAGCUUUGUCUCUCUCAGACUCUGGAACUCCUCAACACGAGCACAGCUGCAAAGGGCAGGACCACAGCGACACUGAGAAGUCCCAGCAAAACCAGACGGACGACUCCAACCCUGAAGACGGCUCACUCAAAAAGAAGCAGCGGAGGCAGAGGACACACUUCACCAGCCAGCAGCUCCAAGAGCUGGAAGCCACUUUCCAGAGAAACCGCUAUCCAGACAUGAGCACCAGGGAGGAGAUUGCAGUCUGGACCAACUUGACAGAGGCACGAGUCCGGGUCUGGUUCAAAAACCGCAGAGCUAAGUGGAGGAAACGAGAGAGGAACCAACAGGCUGAAUUGUGCAAGAACAGCUUUGGAGCCCAGUUCAAUGGACUGAUGCAGCCUUAUGAUGACAUGUAUUCCAGCUAUUCCUACAACAACUGGGCCACCAAGGGGCUUGCCAGCAGUCCGCUCUCGGCCAAGAGCUUUCCAUUCUUCAACUCCAUGAACGUCAGUCCCCUCUCCUCCCAGCCCAUGUUCUCCCCACCCAGCUCCAUCACCUCAAUGACCAUGCCUUCAUCCAUGGUCCCUACUGCGGUGACCGGGGUACCGGCCCCUAGCCUCAACAACCUGGGAAACAUCAAUAAUCUGAACAGCCCGAGCCUCAACUCUGCUGUCUCAUCCAGUGCCUGUCCUUACGCCUCAACAGCCAGCCCCUACAUGUACAGGGACACGUGCAACUCCAGCCUGGCCAGCCUGCGGCUGAAGGCCAAGCAGCACGCCAACUUCACCUACCCAGCGGUGCAGACAGCAGCUUCCAACCUGAGCCCUUGCCAGUACGCCGUGGACAGGCCUGUAUGAAGGGCUGCCCUCUGCCAACCAGGGACUUGACCUUAGCCUGACAAAAGGAGACCUUUAGCCCUACAACAGCGUACAUCCUGCAGAGAAUGAGAGUGAACAUAAGUGCAUAAGAGAGAGACAGGGAGAGAAAGAGAAAAGAACGAGCAGGCAGACGAACCUUUAUGAAGAUUUGUCUAUUGUAUGGUGAAUUUUGACUGUCUUUCCCCUUCAAAACCCCUUCCCUUCUUGCCCAUCAAACCUUCUCCUCCAUGGUAAAAUAAAAGCCCCAUGGGGAAAUAGGAGCCCCAACAUGCCUGACCCAUGGGCAGCACAAACAAGUAUGUUUCAAUCUGACCCUCCAAGCCCCACAGGGUUGAGCUCCCCAAAUUCCUGGGACAGCACAGGCAGCCUCACAUCACCCCUGGAGGAAAUAGCCAGAGACAGGACAGCUUGAGGGGGGUUGCCAGUUGGUGCUUGGCUGAACCAUAUUCUCUGCACAUGUGCAGGAUUUUGAUGAAAGAUACCUUGCCCAUUUAUUUAUCAUACAGCCAGUAUAAGGAAGCCUUGUCUCAGUCAAUUAGCAUCUCUUUAUAAUGCAUAUGUACACAUGGCCCUUCAGACUUGAAACCUUU